GCCGCGCGGCGCCCCGGCUUCACUAAGAGCAAUCCGGAGGUGGCGGCAAGCAAAGUUCCCCGCAAACUCCCGCCACCAGGCUGCUGCUGGAAGCCGGGCGCCGCGUCUCUGUUUCCCACGGGGGUCUGGGGACAUGGCCCGGAGGGCUCUCAAGCUUGCUUCGUGGACCAGCAUGGCUCUUGCCGCCUCUGGCGUCUACCUCUACAGCAACAAGUACUUGGACCUCAACGACUUUGGCGCUGUCAGGGUGGGCAGAGCAGUUGCCACGACAGCUGCCAUCAGUUACGACUAUCUUACCUCCUUGAGGAGUGUCCCCUAUGGUUCAGAGGAAUACUUGCAGCUUCGAUCCAAGGUGCACCUUCGCUCUGCCAGGCGCCUUUGCGAGCUCUGCUGUGCCAACCGGGGCACGUUCAUCAAGGUGGGCCAGCACCUGGGGGCUCUGGACUACCUGCUGCCGGAGGAGUACACCAGCACGCUGAAGGUGCUACACAGCCAGGCCCCACAGAGCAGCAUGCAGGAGGUCCGCCAGGUCAUCCGAGAGGACCUGGGCAAAGAGAUUCAUGAUUUGUUCAUGAGCUUUGAUGACACCCCUCUGGGAGCUGCCUCCCUGGCCCAGGUCCACAAGGCGGUGCUGCAUGAUGGGCGGACGGUGGCCGUGAAGGUCCAGCACCCAAAGGUGCAGGCUCAGAGCUCAAAGGACAUUCUUCUGAUGGAGGUGCUCGUCCUGGCCGUGAAGCAGCUAUUUCCGGAGUUUGAGUUCAUGUGGUUGGUGGAUGAAGCCAAGAAGAACCUGCCUUUGGAGCUGGAUUUCCUCAACGAGGGGAGGAACGCCGAGAAAGUGGCCCAAAUGCUCAAGCACUUUGACUUCCUAAAGGUCCCCCAGAUCUACUGGGAGCUGUCCACCAAGCGGGUCCUUCUGAUGGAGUUUGUGGACGGCGGGCAGGUCAACGACAGAGACUACAUGGAGAGGAACAAUAUUGACGUCAAUGAGAUCUCGCGCCACCUGGGCAAGAUGUACAGUGAGAUGAUCUUUGUCAACGGCUUCGUGCACUGUGACCCUCACCCAGGCAAUGUGCUGGUGCGGAAGUGCCCGGGCACAGGAAAGGUGGAGAUCGUCCUGUUGGACCAUGGGCUUUACCAGGUGCUCACGGAAGAGUUCCGCCUGGAUUACUGCCACCUCUGGCAGUCGCUGAUCUGGACCGACAUGAAGAAUGUGAAGAAGUACAGCCAGCGCCUGGGAGCCGGGGACCUCUACCCCUUGUUCACCUGCAUGCUGACAGCCCGGUCGUGGGACUCAGUCAACAGGGGCAUUGGCCAAACUCCAGUCACCGCCACUGAGGACUCAGAGAUCCGCAACAAUGCGGCCAACUACCUCCCCCAGAUCAGCCACCUUCUCAACCUCGUGCCGCGUCAGAUGCUGCUCAUCUUCAAGACCAACGACCUGCUGCGGGGCAUCGAGGCCGCCCUGGGCACCCGCGCCAGUGCCACCUCCUUCCUCAACAUGUCACGUUGCUGCGUCAAGGCGCUGGCCGCGCACAAGAAGAAGAAUACCCGUUCAUUCUUCAGAAGGACCCAGAUCUCUUUCAGUGAGGCCUUCAACUUAUGGCAGAUCAACCUUCAUGAACUCGUUCUACGUGUGAAGGGGCUGAGGCUGGCCAGCUGGGUGUUGGCCCUGCUCUGCUGGCUGUUGCCUGCUCCACACUGAGUGGACUUACUGUUCCCUUCCCGGUGUGACCUUGUGGUGGCCAAGGGGUCUUUUCACUCCUCACUCUUCCAUCAUGUCUCUACGUACUUGCCCCGUUUCUGCCAGCUGGUGGCCUGGAGCCCCACGGUCUCUGUCCAUGGCACCGUUGUGCUCCACCUCUGAAAUUCCUCUCCUUUGGAGCCCUUGUCUUGGGACCCCCAAGCUGUGCCGUGUGAUAGGUUCCUUUCUCUCUGUAUCCAGGGAGAAGGCAUGGCAGUCUGCUUUCCCGCUCCCCAUGUGGGCCAUUGGGUUGGAUGCCCCCCCUCUUCCGUUAACCCUUCCUGUUAUCAGGAUGGACCAUGAAUCCCACUGAGGGCACAUUUAACUUGCAGGAAGUUUGAUUUUGCUGGAAGGGGCGUGGUCUCUGAACUGGAGAACAGUUUCCUCUCCUUGCGCUGUCGCUCCGCAGAGGUGCCGACCUUAGCGAGGGCUUGGCACCCGAGCCAGCCUCUGUGGCAGCUGUGAGUUCACUGCUGUCGUGGUGACCCCUUUGGUGUUUCAUGUACUGUGAUUCAAUAAAAACCCCUUCAGGGUUGCAGAGCAGAGCUUGGUCAGUGGGAUUUUUAUUCCAGGUUGGGAGUGAAUCCACUUUGGCCACCAGGUAGGAGUGGGUCUGGAUGCCGUGCGACAUUGUGAUCUGCUCGGCUUCCUGGCCCUGAAAUCCUUCCACCCUUCCACGGUGCGGCAGCUUUCUGAUUCUUGUAUGUUUCUGUCACUUUCUAAGACUGAGACCUUGGUUGGAGUGGUUAGGAAGCCCAAGGCCAGGAACUCAGAGGCUCAGCUGAAACCUCUGACUUUGGUUCCCCCGGUUUCUCACCUCAUUCCCUGUGACCUGGCACCUGCCUUGUUCUACCAGUUGGCUUCUGACUUAGCCCUUGGAUUCAUCAUUUGAUACCCCCUGUCCUGGAGACUGAAGUCUAAAGUUCAGUCACCGUGGCUGGGCUUCCACUCUGAAACCUCUUUGUCGCCUGUCUGGACUCUGCUUCUACCUUAUUGCCUGUUGCUAGCCUGCCCCCCCCCCCACUCGAUCAUCUGGUCCUGUUUUGGGGACACCCGCAAACUCCUGUGUUUGUGUGGUCUCCAGAUCCCCAAGACCCCAGAUAUGGCAGAUCCUAGCUCUCACCGAGCACCCAGGCUCACAGAGAGUAAUUGUGUUUAAAUCUCUCCAAUCUUACUUCACGGCAUCCAUGAGGGCAGAAAAAACCCUAAAUUUAAGUCUCAUUUUCCGUUCUCUUUAUUCAUAACACAAGAAGCAGAUUUUUCACUGACCAGAGAUGAUACGCAAUCCCUUUAUUUCCUGAAAGAAUUAAUUGUUCUUAGUGGCCAGUUGGUUGCACCCAGAGACCUGAGAGAAUAAUUUGCAAGAUCUGUUAUGAGUCACGAGGACACACGCUGCAUAUUACAUUUUAUGGUGUCUUUUAUAGCCACUGAAGUAAAUAUAAAUGUCCUUUUUGUUCAAGGUAAUGGUUACUCGCUUUUCACUUUGGGUUUAAUGGUUGGCUUCCUGCUGCCUUGGGAUCUAAGACAUCAGCAUGUUGCCAGAACAGUUAUCCAGAGAGAGCUGAGAGGCUGGGAGAGCUUGGGGUACAGAGCAGUUUGAAAAUAGGAGGGGUCAGUGUUUACUGAGUGCCUUCCACAUGUGAGAGAACAUGCUAGGUUCUUUGUAAGUAAGUUACAUCAUUGACUUGUCUCAUCAGCUCUAUGAGGGCGAGGGGUCAUUAGCCUCAUCUCACAGAGAUGGGAACUGAGAGGCUCAGAGAAGUUUAGUAAUGUGCUUGAAGUCACUCAGCUGCUGAAUGAGGGACCAUGCUUUGCUUUUUAUUCCACAGUGCUGGAGAUAUGGAUUACGCCUGCUCCGUGAGCUGUCAUAUGUGCCUGAAUUGUGACGCUAACACCCUGACUUCAGAGAAAGUUGGGUUUUCAGUGGAAGUGGGGGAGUGGAUGGGUGAAGGAGACAAAAAGUUCUGGAAGUGCAGACUGAGUCCUGCAUGUUCCUCGGGCCUAAGACAGGAUGGACCUGGACCACUGUGAUACUGCAGUGCAAUUCUGAUGCUGACCACCUGGAGCUAGUACAGACUCUGUUCCCUUAAGCACAUAGUUCCCAUAAGACUGCCCUCACUUCAGACACAAGUUGCAGGUUUGGGGGUCCCUAGGCCAUCUACACUUUUGACCAACUGACUACAAAUUUGGGGGUUCCCACAACCCCCUUAGAUUUGAUAAUUUGCUGAAUGACUCACAGAACUCAGGAAAGCACUACACUUGUGACCAGGCAAAUGAAGAGACACACAGGGUGAGGUCUGGGAGGAUCCCAAAUGCAGAGCGUCUGGGUUCUUGCUGUGAAGGGAACCUCUUGGCACAGAAAUGUGUUCGCUGAGCUUCAGUGUCCAGAGUUUUUAUCAGGGUUUCAUUAUAUAAACACCAUUGAUUGAAUCAUUGACCACAUGACUGAACACAAUCUCCAGCCCCCCUUCCCUCCCUGGAGAAGGUGGGGCUGCUAUCAACCCCAUCCUGAGUCAUUUAGCAUAAGCUCAGGUGUGAUCCAGGGGGCACACCAUGAAUAACAGAGAUACUCCCAUCACUAAGAAAGUCCAAGGAUUGAGAGGUUGUCUCCCAGGAGCAGACAAAGCAACAAAGACCAGGCAGAGUCUUCACUGUAUGACGAUCACUCUGGUGUCUCGUCAUCCUGUGUACUUGGCCUGAGGUGCGUCUUUAUCGACUGACCACUGGUCUGUGCCUUCUGCUCUGCCAGGUGGAGCCACCUCUGGUGGAUCCAUCUCAGGAUCUCUGUUCUGCAGCUCAGAGAGUGUGCACGUGAGUUUAUACGUGGGACCUUUGCCCUGCUCCCUUCUGUCCUGUGGAACUUCCAUACAUUGAUUUGGGUUUGAUGCUUCCAGUAAAAUCCUGCGGCUUUCUUCUCCCAGCAGUUACAAUGUGUCAGGAAGUCAGCACCAGCUUACUUCGAAGAGCACCUUCUCUUUUAACCCUUGGAUCCUUAUUCAAUUUAGGUGUUGGCUUCUUUGAUUUGGGCAACAUGGCUAUAGUUCCCCUUCCCUCUUCUCAUCCACCUGAGGAGAAUUCCAACUCGAUGGCCCAUUUGGCUUCUCGAGUAUGCACCCAGCUCAUAGGAAGUGCGGAUGUCCUGGUUUGUAGUAAGUGCUCAAUAAACACGCAAAUGUUUAGACUCUCAGAAUGCUUCACUAUUUUCAAGGGAGUUGAAACCUGUGUAUUUAGAAAGAAGCUGCCCAUGCCAGUCUCCCUCUGCUAGGAACACUGCCUUGUUUGAUUGUCAGGUUAAUUUCCGCCGUGUUCUGAGCCCACUCCCGGGAUCAGGGGUGGUCACUCUCAGCAUCAUGGGCUGCUAGGUGCUCCCGUCCUCCACCACUUCACGGCUGUAGGGACUUCUGAUGACAUCUCAGAAAAUGAGUGUGGCUCCAAGCGGCGCAAAUCCUCAGGGGCCGUGCUUUGGAGGUUUGGAAUUACCCUCAGUGUAAGCAAAUGUGAGAAGGGUGGGAGGGAGCCUUGCUGAGGGACACUGGGGCUUCAGCAGUCUCAGGGUGUGGCCAGGCGGAGCUAGGGUCUGAGCUGGGAACUGGUGACUGGGCAAGAUCUGAAUAGACAGGAUGAACAGGGUCUCAGAGAGUUCGUGGCAGCCUGGCCUGCUGGGGGUGAUGUUUGCUGGGCUGGAUCGGGGGUGAGAGGCCUUGAAUGCCCGGCAACCUGGUGCCGCUGCUGUUUGUAACUGGCCAAGGGGGACUGGGGAGGCCCCGUCUCCUAAGCCUUAAGUCUGCAAAUAUUUUGGUAAAAACCCAUUUGUUCAGAAAGGCUCUGCUCUCACCUCCUUUACUUCCUCCCUCCCUCCCUCCUUCCCUCCUGUGGAGUAAAGCUUAUUACAAAGCUGCUCUCCCCUUUUCUAAAGGAAGGACGAGGGACCCUCAGCAGAGUAAAUAUUAAACCUUGGGCUGUGAUGUCCCUACAGCCAGUGCCUCCUGGCCCGGUUUACUUGACUUCUCUGGAGGCUGCCUCAGCCCCCGUCAUCGGCUAGCUCCUCUGCUAGCCAGGUCACCGUGCCCCUGGCCAGCACUGCAAGGGACAGGAAGCGCUCUUUCUGCCCAGUUCUGCCUUUGGCUUAGCAAUAGCAAAGAGCCUCUGGUGUUUCUUCCUGUUUUUCUCUUUCCCGUGUGUAAAGGGAAGUCCAGGCUGGUGAAGUGGUGAAGCGAUGGGUGUCCAUAGCCCCCUGACCCCUGACAUUUCAGCUCCCAUUUCCUCAUCCCUCCUUCCUGAGCAGUGCUUUCCAAACUUCCCUGUAUACACAAGUAACCUAGGCUAAUGUCAAAACACAGGCUCUGCCUCAGUGGGUGUGCGUGGGGCCUGAGGUUCAGCAUUUCUAACCAGCUCCCAGGGGAUGCUGAUGCUGCUUGUCUGAGGGUGAUGCUUUGAGCUGCAAGGCUCUGAUCAGUGGUUCUCAAGGUGUGGCCCUGGGACAGGCAGCAUCAGUGUAACCCAGGAGCUGGUUAGAAAUGCAGACCUCAGACCCCACUCCAGAUCUGCCGAAGCAGAAACUCUGGGGGCGGGACCCACCAGUCUGUUUUAAUAAGCCCUCCAGGGAAUUCUGAUGUACACACUCACGGUUGAAAUCUCUGGCCUAUAGGUCUCAACUCUACCUGCACAUCGGGAUCACCGGGAGAGCUCUGAAUGCCCAAGAUUCUGAUUAACUUGGUUUGAAUGAGGGCCAGGCACUUAAAACAAUUUUUUAAAACUUUUUAUUUUGAAAUAACUUUAGAUUUACAGUAGGUUGUAAAGAUAGUACCCAGAGGGUACCCACAUAGCGUUCACCUGGCUCUCCCCAAUGUUAACACCUUACAUAACCAGGGUAACCUUUAUUAACACUAAGAAUUAACAUUAGUACAAUACCAUCAACUAAACUAUUCCAGUUUCAUCAAUUUCCUCACGAAUGUCCUCGUCACGUCCCAGGAUCCAGUCUAGGACGUACUUUACAUUCACUUGUCACGUCUCCUUAGUCCCUGCUCUAGGACAGCUCCUCAGACGUCCCUUGUUUUUCAUGACCUUGACACUUUGGAAGGGCACUGGCCAGGUACUUGUAGAUCGUCUUUCAAGUUUGGCUUGUCUGAUGUUUUCUUGUGAUGAGAAUGGGAUUAGGGGUUUGAGGAAGAAUACCACAAAGGAGGAACACCCCCUUAUCGUGCCACACCCUGGGAAACAUCAUAUGGACAGUGGGGAUGUACUGAUUUUGUUCUUUCAAGCUCCCCAGCCAGGGUUGGGACCCAGCGUUAGGCUCAUGCACCUUCCAGGUAUCUUCUGGAGAAGGAGGAAACGCAGCUUAUGAACUUCUCCACAGGUGGGCGUUAGGCAGAGCCUCUUUGAGAUUAAGGGAGGCCUGGCUAUUUCCAAAUUAAAAGGCUCCCAGGAAACUAAAAAAUGCAGCUAUACCAACACAAGGUAAUACAAAUGGCUGUGUAAUUUUAAUGUUUACAUUUACCACACGUUAACUCUUUAAGCAAACACACAAAUGUAGUGACAAAUGGAUGUAACAUCAGAAGCGUGAGCACCAAACCCCUCCCACCAAAAGAUAGGCCUGGCACUAGCAAUUUUGUUUUCCAGGUGUAUUUGCAGCCCUAGACAUGGAAAUCACUAGUGGGAGGUUGGCAGGGAGCCCUCUGGUCAGUCACUCCUGAGUGGUGGGCCUGGUGUCCUCUGCAUCAGCCUGGACUGGCAACCACCUCCCAGUGCCCAGAGGGGAAGUCAGAGUCUCAGCUGGGCUGGUGGUCGACUGUUUCUAGCCCACGACUGACUACCCAAGCCACGAAUGACGGAAGUGCUUGGUGAUCCUUCCUCUAGGUGAGUAAUAACAGAGGGAAGGCUGGAGGGUGGAGUGCCAGCGGCAGGACUUUCCUCCAAGGUGACACUGGGUGGGACAUGAAGUCCUUCCAGGUUGAUGAAUUGGGGACAGAGGUCAGGGGCUCUGGGUAUUCCUUGCCCUCUUGGAGUUUCCAGGGCUGUGUGUAGGUGGGGGUCUUCUUCCCUGGCCCCUGGGUGCUUGCUCCUUUUUGUGCCAAAUGUAAGCAUGUGCACAUCAGAGUAUCUGUAAACAUCUGUUGACAGCGGCUGCUACCAUCAUGGAGGUGAUGCCCUCCAGCCCAAGGGCCUGGGCUCUCUCUACAGUUGGCCUGAGUUCAAAUCCUGUUGCCCUCAGUGUUCUGUGUGAUCUUGGGCAAGCAACACAACUUCUCUGGGCUCCAAUUCCUAGAUUUGAAUAGUGGGAAUAAUAGUACCUACCUCACGGGGUCAUUGGGAGGAGGAAGUUAGAUAAUAUAUGCAAUGUGCUUGCAGAAAUGCUUAGAGAAGAGAAACCAUAGCAAGUGCUCAAUAAAUGUCACUUAUUUUUAUGAUUAGCCCCCAUGGCAGACCGUAUUCCCAACGCCUUUUCUUAACCCUGCCCUCUACUUGAGAGGCUGAAAAAGUGAGGUCUUGGUUUCCCAGCUUCCCUCGCAGCUGGUGGUGGCACACGACAUGGCAGGUGAAGAGGAAUCUUUUGGAGUGAUUCUGGGAAGCUUUUUUUUAAGAUAUUGAUAUAGGUAUAGUUUGUGAGUAUUGCCCCUUCUUCUUCAUUCCAGCAGGGGAGACUGGUGUGUGGUUUUGGAUGUCUGGAACUUUAGCAGCCAUUUUGUGAUCUUGAGGUGGUAGGUACAACUUGAUGUUUUAUUUGGGCAUGUAGCAACCUCUGCUGGAUGCUGGCCAUCACUCCUCCCAGCCAUAUGACAACCCUAUGACGUCUAGGGACCACUGUUAUCCUCUGUGUACAGGUGAGUAAACUGAGGCACGGAGGCUUGGAUUGCUUGCUAGAGGUGCACAAGCAGUGAAUGGUGGAGCCAGGCUUUGAGCCAAGGUAGUCUGCAGCCAGAGCUUCUGCUCUCAACCACUGACUUUCCAUUUUCCUCUGCUGGAGUGGACUGCUUCCACUGAGGCUGCUAGAGGUUGGACCCGUCCUGCCUUCCUGCAGCCUCCUCAGUCUGGAGCUAGUGGGUUCCUGAAGUGGUGGGCUUCUGUGCUUCCUGCAGUGAGUGCAGCUGGGCAGUGGCACCCUAGGAGUAGUCACUUCUCUGCAGAGGGUCGGCCUGUAUGGCCCAGGGCUCACCCAGCCAGCGAGGCCUCACAUCGAGCCUCUUGGGCAGCCUUGGAUGCUGGAAUGCAUCCCCUUCUAGGGAAAUCCUUAUAAGGGAAGUUGACAUUGGCAGAGAUUCAAUUUUGCCCCAUGGUAAGUAGGAAUAUAGAGGAGGUUCUGCCUUUUUCACUUCUUCCUCUCCCUCCUGCCUCCCCUCAGGUAUGCAGGGAAAAAUGAUGACUGACAUGGGAUUUAGAAGAGAAACCAGGAACAUUCAGGAUGUUAUAAUGAGCUGAUUAGAAGUGAGUUCCGACUUGUAACAGCUUAUGUCCAUAAUAACCAGAUGGCACAAUGUGUCCAGAGUAGGCUCUGAUCUUUUUCCUACCUUUGUCCUGGACCGUAUUCUCUGGACGGGGGCCAGUGUCGCCUACACUGAGCCGGACAGCUGGAGGUCAGGCCCAUCAACCUAAUUCUGCUAUCACUGGGCGGCUUGUUUCGGUUUCUGAGCCUCUGCUUCCCCUGCUAUGAAAUGGAGUGGUUGUCCAUAGGUUGCCCUUUCUUGGAGGACUGUGAUGAAUGUGAAUAGAUAGUGCCAGUGAAAGCGACAGGGAAGAGCAACGCUAAGAAACUAACAGAGACAUAGCGUGCAAGUGAACAGUUUAUCUACCCAGCAUCCCUUGCAGCUUUAACAGAACUCCCUUCUCCUGUAGCGACACCCAUUCCUGCGAGUAUGCUGAUCCAGUGUCUCCCACACGCCAUGGGGGUAGACAGAUGGCCAUCUCUCUGGCCACAGACAUUGGUUCCAGCAUGGGCUCAUGACUCCAAGGGCAUUCCUGUGACUUUCAGCGAAGACUAUGGAGGAUGACUGUCUUUCCACUGGUUCCUAAGUUCCAGUGGCUAUCUUGCCUGCCUCUCUUUUGAACUCCUAGAUCCAGCCAUUCCUGCAGGCCAGAUCCACUUUGGUUUUUCAAUUACAUGAGCCAAUAAAUCUGCCUCUCCCUUUUUUGUGUGUUACUUUAAAUUGGGUAUUUGCGUUUUAACCCAAAGUGCCCUUAUCAUUGCAGCUAUUAUCUUUAAGGGCCCUGGACCCACGUUUGGAAGAUGUGGAGAACCCAGAGGAAGUCUAGAGGAGAAUAAUAGACAUGUCUACAGGGAUAGAAAAUAAAGAGACGAUUAUAGACUGGACACUCUCCAGAGAGCUGAGCAAGAGAAAACAGAGUUAAAUUACAGAAGCAGCAGUAACAAGUUUCCAGUUUUGGUUUCUGAUCCUGUUUAAGUUCCUAGUCCAUGGCCUUGCAUAUAACAAGAAAAUGGAACAGAACAUCAGGGAAGGAGGCUUCACGGCGUCUCAGAGCAGCUGACUGGCCUGUGCAGAGGCUGUGCGGCCACCUGGCCCGGCCCCCUCCCGCUGUCAUGGCCGGGGGACCCUCUGUGCUGCUGUAACCACGAGCGGCUCCUCCCUGGGCGCCAGGACGUCCCUGCCCGGUGCGUGUCUGGAAUAGGCACUUAGAUCAACGCUGACUCUGGAGCCCGUCCCUGGGUCCUGCAGAAGGGGCCAGAAGGUCAGCCACACGGGGCUUGUCUGUCUCCCUCCCCUUCCCAUGCCACCGUCUCCCCACAGACCAAAGCUCAGCUUUUGGUCUCCCACAGCCUCUCGUGACCCCACCCGAAUUGGCUUUCCUGCCUUCUGCUUUGCGGAGUAUAACUGUAGUGCUUGUACCUGCUCACCAGGGGUCGCAAAGUCCUGGCUCGCUUACCCCAGCUGGCUGGGUACCAUUUCUGAGUCCAGGGGCCAAGGGAAUUUACACACAUACACCUGGUGUUUGUAUAUUUAUCUAAUAGGAAUCUUUGUUUUUGCUUCUGUCAAGAAAUAACUAGCUCUCCUAUUUUUUUUUCUAGACACAUGCAGCUGUGUCUUUUAUGUAUUUCUUCCGAGUAUAUAGAAGAAAUAGGCAACACUUUUCCACUCAGAAAGUCAUUCCACAAGGUUUGGAUAGGGCUAAACACCCUCCACCCCCUCCCCGCUCCCAUAAGCUCAGGAGUGGGAACAACUCAGGCCUCGCCAAUCAGAUCAUUUCAUUAUUCUGGCCACAGCCAUUGGAUAAGGGAUGGUUUCAUGGGUGGUGCUGGACCAAUCAGAGUGCUCCCUGAGACUUUCCUAUUCCUGAUUUCUGGGAGGAGAGCUCUUCUUUCUGAGGCUAAGCUGGACUCUGGGUGCUGGCAGCUGUUCUUACCCUAGAAAAGCUCUAGAGAAAGUUUGUAUGAGAAAUGGAAAUACAGGCAGAACCCUAGUGAUAUUGACUGAGCUCCUGGAUCCCCCUAUGCCAGAAGCCUUCAUACUGCUUCACUUUGGGGUUAUAUAUACACACCAACCACACACACACCUUUUUUUUUUUUUUUUUUCUUUCUUAAGUUGGGAUCAUCUGGGAUUCUGUCACAUUUGACUGGAGAGUCCUUAUACAAGAACCAACAUUCCGGAAAUUUCUACCAUGUGCCAGGCACUGUGCUAUGCAUUUUAAAUACAUUAUCUGUUUUAAUCUUCUGUUUAAGGGCCUUGCAUGGUAGGCACGAUUACCUCAGUCUUACAAACUGGAAAAGGGAGUCUCAGAAUAGAUAUAAAUUAUACCUCAAUAAAUAUGGCUUUAAGAAACCCAAGCCUUGGACUUGAGAAGAAGCAAAGAUGGCGGAGUGAGGUGCCGAGGCUAUCUGGCCUUUGGGCCAAGGGGAGGGCCGGCCCCCUGGCGCUCAAGUGCUUCUGCUGGCCCGUACGAGGAAGAACAUUUUCCUUGACUUGUAGGUGCUUUUAUAUUCAUC